AUGUUCACGACCGUAAGAUCCGAGGCGGACCUGAAAGGCGUCAGGAAGGACAAGUUUGGAGACUUUGCCGUUGGAUCACUAUCCAGAGCCGUCAAUACCAUCAGAUCUAACGAUAUAACCGUCCGCGCAUGGCUGGCCAAUGCGUCAGAGCGUAAAUCAACACUCGUUUUCUGCGUUGAUAUUGAACACACGAAGGGGUUGACGGAGACCUUCCGUCAGCACGGUAUCGAUGCUCGGUACAUCACCGGCAAUACACACAGAACAACGAGAGAUGAGCAACUUCGCAAAUUCAGAGACCGGGAAUACCCGGUUUUACUCAACUGCGGCUUGUUUACAGAGGGUACCGAUAUACCCAAUAUUGACUGUGUAUUGCUUGCACGGCCGACUCGGUCUCGCAAUCUUCUCAUUCAGAUGAUAGGUCGAGGAUUACGCCUAUACCCCGGCAAGAAAGACUGCCAUAUAAUCGACAUGGUUGCUACUCUAGAUACCGGCGUUAUCUCAACACCCACCCUUUUUGGUCUUCAUCCCGAUGAAGUUCUAAAAGAAGCCAGCACAGAAAAGCUGAAGGAAAAGAAAUCCGCUGUGGAGCAAACUUCUGCCGUUCAAGGAGUGCCUGCAGCAGACGACGAAAUAGACGUACCCGACAUCAAGCUCACAUUUACAAAGUACGACACCAUCUACGACCUUAUCCAUGAUAUGAAGUCCGAAAAGCAUAUCCGCUCUCUGAGCCCUUAUGCGUGGGUUCGAGUUGGGGAGAAUAAAUACCAUCUCUCUGGCGGGUCUGGGUGGUUGACACUCGAACAUCAUGACCCAUCAGACGACAGUUUCUCCUCCCCGUACAGCGUCCAUCAUGUGAUGACAUUCAAAACCACGGACGAUAAGACUCAGUACACCCGGCCUCGUCUGAUUGCGUCCACACAAGACUUGGAGACUGCUGUUCGUGCGGCGGACACGUUCGCCUCGACUCAUUUUGUUGACCGGUAUAUAUCGGCCCGGCAGCGGUGGCGGAACAAUCCAGCUUCGUCGGCACAAAUCGAGUUUUUGAAUGCGGCCAAGAUUCGCGAGGGCACCAUUAAACAUGGUGAUCUCACGCGAGGCCAGGCCGCAGAUCUUAUCAUCAAAUUGCGGUUUGGCUCUAAAAAGCGAUUUGAGGUCAAGCGGAAGCGCCGUGCUAAACAUGAUGAGAAGAUCCGUGACAUUCAAGAGCUUCAGAGGAGAGGCGAGGUUAAAGUAGGACCUCUCGAAGCUUGA